AUGGCGGCUGCUCCGGCUGGCGGCGAUGGCGCCGAUCUUCUCUUCAGUCUGUGCCUUAUCGCCUUUGUCCCGAGCAGGUCUCUUCCUUCCAAGUCGAUUGCAGAGCUCACGACGACUGUGAAGAAGUACGGCGCAGAUGUGCUUGAGCCAGAUGAGCAUGGCCGCAUUACUGUGUCCCAAGCCACACAUAUCAUCUCAAAUACGAUCGAUUUCGAAGAAUACACCGAGGCAAUGGCCAUGAUGGUGCCUGUUGUCACAUCACACUGGAUCACCAACUCUCUGAGCCGGAACAAGCAAGCUCAGAUCCGACCUUUUUCCCCCGACCCGCGCAUGAUCUUCCAUAAUGUCAACCUCACAUGUGCCGAUAUCCCCACUGUUGAUAAAGAGGUCAUCACUGGAGCCACACUUGCUUUGGGUGGCAUGGAGUCUAAGGAUCUAUCCAGGCUAACCACGCAUAUUUGCGCCUUGUCAAUAGAUCAUCCGAAAUGCCAGCAAGCCGAGCUAAAGAAACUCAAGUGCAAGAUCGUUCUGCCUCAUUGGUUUGACGACUGCUUUAAGUUAGGCAAGAAGAUUGACGAAAAACCGUACCUGCUCCCUGACCCAGAGAUUCUCCGCGGCGAGUCAAAGGUAGAUGUCGCAAUCCCCCCUAGCGAACAUCUCGAAGGGGCCACUACAGCACUGCCUGACGGGCCGCCAUCCAUGUUGCCUGGUACCAGGCAGAGACUGACUGUGUUUCGGAAGAAGAAAGUGUUGCUCUCCUGGGAUCUCUCCAUCAGCUCGAGGUUCCGCGAUAUUGUUACGGAGCUUGUCAAGAGCGGUGAAGGAGACAUUGUUCGCGAUGUUGAUGAAUGCGACAUGUUCAUUUGCCAGUAUCGCGACGGCGAGCAGUACAUCCGAGCAGCCCAACAGGGCAAGGACGUGGGCAAUCUUGCAUGGCUGUUCUAUCUCAUCACGCAUGACGAGUGGUGCUCUCCACUACGUCGUCUGCUUCAUUACCCCGUACCCAGAGAUGGCAUUCCGGGCUUCAAAGACAUGAAAAUCACCCUCUCCAACUAUGGCGGAGAGGCCCGAAUCUAUCUCGAAAACCUGGUCACUGCUGCCGGAGCGACCUACACCAAGACGAUGAAGUCAGAUAAUACGCAUCUGAUCACAGCAAGAGACAACAGCGAGAAGUGCCAGGCGGCGCGUGACUGGAAUAUCCACAUGGUCAAUCACCUCUGGAUUGAGGAAAGCUAUGCCAAAUGCGAGGCUCAGACCUUGUCGAACCCGAAAUACUCACACUUCCCCCCUCAUACGCACCUUGGAGAGGUCAUCGGUCAGAUUUUCUUUGACGAGUCGAGACUGAGAAAUCUAUACUAUCCUGGUGGAGACGACACGCUCGGCAACAAGGGCAAACGUAAGAGAAAGAUCUUGGAGGCAGCGCAGGAGAACGCGUACUCGACCGGCCCGGCGGCAGGCAUGGUCGUUGGCAGACAGGAGCACCAGGAAGUCGACGUCAUGAGAGAUGAUGAUGCCGAGUAUGCGGACAAGACGAUGAGCAUUUUUGGAGUUCCCGCUCCUCCUCGCGACAAGCAGAACCUUGUCACUCCCGCCAAGGGCCGUCAUGUCCGAAACGGCAAAGAGAAUGAUACCCCCACGGUUAUGUCUAGUGGCAGUCGAAGUGCAAAGGACAAGGCCCUCUCUAAGCUCCACAAUCUCGCUCCCGACAUUGCGCUGUACGAAAAGGAGAAGAAACGAUCAACCAAGGAUGGCCAUGCGCCUUGGGGUGGCAAACGUGCUGCGGACCAGUACGAAAAGGCGCAAGCCGCGGCGAAAAGCUCAAGCCCAGCGCUGCAGGGAGACGAGGAGGAAGAGGAGGAAGAGGAAGAGGAUGUCGACGCUCAGCGUCCGAGCAAGAAACAGAAGACUGGGCUACCAGCAGUCGAGAUGCGCGUGGUUCUCACUGGUUUCCAGCGGUGGGUUGGACACAGCGCCAAGGAGGAACACGAGAGGAAAAAGCUUCGCAAUAUGGGCAUCCAGAUAGUCCAGGACAACCAGCCCUGCGACUAUCUGGCAGCGCCUUUCAUUGUUCGUACCAUGAAGUUCUUGAAGGUCCUCGCAAGAGGGCCCGACGUCAUCAGCUCUAAAUUCAUCGAAGCUGCUUUGGACUCAGGCAAGGUCCCCCCAAUCAAGAAGUAUCUCCUCAAGGACGAGGAGAAUGAAGAAAAGUUCGACUUUGAUCUCCAGAAGUCCAUCGCCAGAGCAAGGGCCAACAAGGGACGCCUGUUGUGGAAUGUACCGAUAUAUUGCACGGCGGAGAUCAAGAACGGUUACGAGAGCUACAAGGCGAUCGCAGAGGCAAACAGUGCCAUCUUCAAGUUGUAUCGUGCCAGAAGUGGUACAACGAUCAAGCCUACCACCGCCGAGGAGGACGGCGGUGCACCACCGGAACCAGUCUACCUGCUGAGCUGCCCAUCACCCGCCGAGCGCCAGCUGUGGCCAAGGUUUGAGCAGAUGGCGAGGCAGGGCAACAUGGAGCCCCGAGUUGUUGCGCCAGACUGGCUGCUUGAUGUUGCUAUGAGACAGGAGAUCACGUUUGACGAAAAGUAUCUGUGCAAGAACUUCUGGUCUUGA